AUGAGUGUUUCUGCAGCCUUGAAAACUCGUAGCACUCUCUUUUACGGUGCUAGGGUUCCCCAAACGAUUUCUAGGGCAUGUCUUGUCCGGGCAGCCAGAUUUUUCACCCUCAGUACCACCACUGAAAAUUACCCCACAAACCAUGUUGCCGAUGGUACCAAACCUUACAUUACACCCUCAUUUGUGAACAACGAGUUUGUUAAGUCCAGCUCCGAUACGUGGUUCGAUAUCCAUGAUCCAGCUACAAACCAAGUAGUUCUGCAGGUUCCUCAAUCUACCCCUGAAGAGUUGGAGCAGGCAGUGGCUUCUGCAGAAGAAGCUUUCCAUGUGUGGAAAGAGUAUUCAAUUAUUCGUCGUCAAGGUAUUGCCUUCAAGUUUGUGCAGUUGCUUCGGGAAAAUAUGGAUAGAAUUGCUGGAAUAAUUGUGUUGGAACAAGGUAAGACGUUUGCUGAUGCCAAGGGAGAUGUGUUGAGAGGUCUUCAAGUUGCAGAAGCUGCAUGUAACGUUACCAACGAUAUGAUGUCCAGCGGGCUUGAGGUGGCUACCGAUAUGGAGACAAAAAUGAUCAGAGAACCACUUGGAGUUAUUGGUUCGAUCUGUCCUUUCAACUUUCCAGCUAUGGUUCCUCUUUGGUCUUUGCCAUUGGUGUUGGUUACAGGUAAUACAGCUGUUAUCAAGCCGUCCGAGCGGGUUCCUGGAGCCUCUAUGAUCAUCGCUGAACUCGCAAAGAAGGCAGGAGUUCCUUCUGGAGUGGUCAACAUUGUCCAUGGAAAACACGAUACAGUGAACAAAAUUGUUGAGGAUCCAAGAAUUAAAGCCAUUACUUUUGUUGGAGGCGACAAGGCAGGUGCCUACAUUCACAAGCGUGGAAGUGAGUUGGGAAAAAGAGUACAAGCCAAUUUGGGUGCAAAAAACCAUUUGGUGGUGCUUCCAGAUGCCAACAAGUCUCAGUUCAUCAAUGCUGUCAAUGGUGCUGCCUUUGGUGCUGCCGGACAGCGGUGUAUGGGCUAUCAGUGUGCUAGUAACUGUUGGGCCAGAAACCCAAGGCAUGGGUAG